GGGAUAUAGUGGCUGUAGUAGCUGUAGUAGCUGUGGUAGCUGAAUGUGUAACAAUAUGGUCUCCAAAAACAACUCCACAAAAGACUCGCUGUGAAUAGAAAAAAUCGAAAAAUAACCAUAAAGAGAUCAACAGUAGGAAAGUUGCGUACAUAAUAACCUUAUACGUAUUUAUAAAUUGUAAGGAGGAAAGCUAAAGAUAUUUAGACGAAAAAUGGCUGACGAACAACCAAAUCUUGUUGCUGGACAUCCACCAGCAGUUAAAGCGGGUGGCAUGCGCAUUGUACAACACAAAGCUCCUGCAGCUGAGCGUCCAGCUAAGGAUGCCGAAGAUUGUACCGGAUUGACGCAACCAGUUGCUGUUAAUAGUGGCGUAGUGAGUGGUGCUCCAGUGAAAGGCAAUAUUGACUAUACGCCACAGGCAGCACAGGUCGCACACUCGCCCAAGCCACCGGCGUUUGUUGCACAAAAACCUCAAAUCAACAUUCAACAACCCCGUAAAUGAGUGUACGCCACACGCUCCAGCCGUUCAAAUCUACAGCACCGACAACAACAACAACAAUAACAUAAUCAGCAGCAAAAUAACAAAUUCAACCAUUGCAAUAAUAGAAAAAAAGCAUUCCAUUUUACAUAGCCAACAGAAGAUAAAGUGUCUUCGAGUAGGUGAACGGCACAAAAAGGUUAUAUGAAACAUAAGAAGUCCUAAAUAUAUUAUUACAUAACUUUGUGAAACCAAGAUAAACAUAUAUAUUCUUUAAAGGUUAAAAAAUUUGUGAAAUAUGUACUCAUCCAUAUGAAGUUUUUAUAACAUUCUUUAAAAAAUAUAUAUAUAUAAAGCUUAUAAUAUUAUUGAAAUUGAAAAUCAUAACUUCAAAUUGCCACGAAUUUAUGCUCACACAUACAUAUGUAUGUAUUAUUUCACGCACUUUGCUUCCAAAUAUGCACUAUUUAAAUGUAGCACUAUAAUUGUCAAUAUGUUGUACCAGGGAUAAAUUUAUCUCUGCUUGUACUUCAAUGCUUUGAAUUGUAAACACUAUCAAAUAGUGGCAUAUUUAUUGUAAUUAAAGCUUUUUGAAUCAAUUUCAUUCCAAGCUGAAUUAUUUGCACUUAUUUCUUUGAAUACAUAUCUUUGUACAAUAAACAAAAACAAAUAAAAUGUGAUUUUAUAAAAAAAUA